CUAUGUUUGUUUUGGUAUUCUAACGUGUUUCAAAAAAAUCUUUAAUCCAUAGACUGACAGGCGGAAAUGAGGAGAGCAAAAAAUUUAUUCCAACCUGCUGUUGGUGUGUGGGGGAGUCGCCUCUCUGUGCGGGGAGCAUCAGGCAUGACCCACCCCACAACUGACCAGCUGGAGGUCAGACCUUUUGAAGAGAUCCCUGGACCUAGGGGACCCUACCAGUGGCCGGUUAUUGGCACCUUGCUAUUGUUUAAACCGUUCUCCCAGUACACGGCUGAGACCGUCCACAAGAUGGUGGACGCCAUGUUCCAGAGGUACGGACCUGUGGUCAAGUUACAACUGGGCAAGCAGGUCAUCAUGGCCUGCGACCCUAAAGACAUCGAGACAGUCUUCAGGAACGAAGGGAAAUUCCCGCACCGUCCACCGUUCAGCCUGGAGAAAGUUUUCGCCGAAAGAAAUAACCUCACUAGAUCCUUAACUAUGGCUCAAGGUGAGGACUGGUACACCUACCGUGCCCCCUAUAUAAAACCUGUCUACACCUGUAUCUAG